AUGACUGUUAUCGACGCUAAUUUUAUGUACGAUGCCAAUGACGGCCUUGAUAAGUUCACUUUCACUGGCCCCACUGUUUUGAAGGGUAAUGCCCCCGCCACCUUUUCUGGUCUCCAGGAUAUUAUGACAUUACCUACUUUUCUCACUACUAUGAAACUACAGUUCAUUACUCGUAGUAUCACUACUGAUUCUGACAAGAUUGCCUUCUUCGGACGCAAUCUUUCUGGCCCUGCUGUUAAUUGGUUCCUACACUGGUUCGAAAAUGCCGCCCCUGCCACAACUUAUGAGACCUUCCUCGACUGUUUCCGUGAUCAUUUCUUCAAACGCCUGGACCCUAACAAAAUUAUCAAUGAGAUGAACUCGAUCUCUCAGGCCCAACUUGGUGUUGAACAAUAUAACGCUAGGUUCAGUCAAUUAUGGGCUUUAAUGCCUCCACACGUUUGGACGGAACAAGGUGCUAUCUUAGCAUACUUACGUGGUUUAUCUGGUGAUACGGCUCGUCUGGUUAUGCUCGCUCACCCAAAAACCCUCAAUGAAGCCUUAGAAUAUGCGUAUGAAACUACUGCAAUUGGUGAACGUUUCAUUAACGGCCAACACACUAAUUACGUUGAUGCUGAUGGUGACAUUACGAUGGCACCUGUUCUUUCUCCUACUUACGGUCAUUCGGUCUCCGCUGUUUACCCUCGAGGUAACUCUUUCCCCAACAGGAAUAGAAGCAACGGUCGCUAUAACAACAACUACGACAAAACACACACCAGACCUCGCACUACUGCUAACUACCCAAAGCCUAACAACUCUAAUCCAAGAUAUCAACAUUCUGGUGAAAUCUCGAGAAACGAAUGCAUUCAGAGACACUUAUGUUUCAGAUGCAAGAGAGGUGGUCACUCGGCUAGAGAGUGUCGUGCCCCUCAGGCGAGCAAUCCCUAA